AUGCACUUUGGCUGUGCAGUACAUUUAUCAGUUCACAGUCACUGUGGAAUCUUUCUCAGCGCUCAGGCGGGGUUUCCUUCCUAUGUUUACCUUAAUCCCCAGCAUGCGCUUUCUAAGGUACAGACACGCAAAGCCUUGGACACGAUAUAUCCUUAGAUCUGCUGCUGAAGCUGUUCCCUUAGAAUGAAAAUAGAAUGGAUUUUUAUAGUCCAGCAAUCUUGUUUAUUAUGCUAAUUUCGCCUUGUAUGGGAACGGUAGAUCGCUGUGCAUGCUCCCAAAAUCUUAAGAUUUGUUCACGUAUCCAUCAAAUGCCAGUGGACUUUUCAACGGCUCGUGAGAUGUGCCGAGAACAAGGCGAUCAGCUAAUGUCUGUCCGAUCGAAGGAAUCAGAUAAGAUUGUCGGCUUCCUUCUAGAUAAUAUGAUCGGAGACUUUUGGAUAGGAUUGCAUCUCCCAGAGGGAACGUGUUCAAGUAAUACAAGUUUAUUACGCGGAUACGAAUGGACCAGCGGUGCGCAAAGCACGGAAUUUACCAACUGGGCGAGCGAAAGCAUGGCCUGUUCUCCACUUUGCGUGUCCGUGUCCAGCGACAGAACAUGGGUGGGUAGAUCGUGCAGGGAAAAGCUGGAUGGAUUUUUGUGUGAGAACAAUCGAAGAAAUCAAUGCACAGGAAGUGGGUUAUCGAAUGUGGUCAUCCUGGACAAUGCGCACUGUAUGCUUUCGCCCUGUGAACAUGAUUGUAAUCCUGUGUCUGUUGGAUAUACGUGUUCAUGUAGUAAGGGAUUCCGUAUUAAUGAGAAAGAUCCACGCCGCUGUGACUUUCAUUGCGCAUCAACAGUUUGUGAGGCUUUAUGUUUAAGAGAUGGAACGACGUGCUGGUGCCCGGCUGGUUUUGUUAGAAGCGGACAAAACUGUGAGGAUAUAGACGAAUGCGAAUCGAAUCAUGGCUGUGCACAUUUAUGCAAAAACACGAUAGGGAGUUAUAAAUGUACCUGCUUUGAUCCAUUCAUCCCUGUUAACGGAACUGAAUGCACUCUGACCCCUAGUGCAUUUGAGGGUUUCCAAACCACUUCUACACCGGACCUUGUACGCACUACACCGUUUUCCAAUUAUUUAGCCCGGGGGUCACUGUCGACCCCAGGAGAGUUCGUUGGUCUGAUAAUAUUCAUAGUAGUUGCCUUUUUUGCUGUAUUAGUGCUUGUGCGUUAUUUGCGCAGUCGUAAAAAUCCUGUGCAAGAAUGCAGUCCACCGGGUAAUGCCGAGUUUCAAGAAAGUGAAUCUAAGUAAAAUAUGGCAACGUUACUGUUUUAGCCUACAUUGGCUAACCCCCCCACCCCCCUCAUAGAAACAAACUAUUUUCCCCACAAUAUUUAUUGUUUUUCAUAGGGUGCCCCCAAUGUUCUUGUACUCCUUAAUUUUAUAAAUAUUUGGAAGAACUGUAUGCUAUACACUGAAAAAAUAUUAAUUUAAUGUUUUUUUACAUUUUUAAGGUAAGUGGUCAUUUGAUACAUUUUGAUAAAUUAUAGUGGUCGUUGCAAUCAAUUUAUUUAAGCUACAUUUGAACAAAAAAAAUAGAGAUAAAAAACAAAACCAAAAAACUUGCAACCACUUACCUUAAAAAAUAGAGGUAAUUGAAUGAAUCUUUUUUUCAGUGUUCAUGAAAGAUGCUGUAAAAGAUUAGGCUAUGCCUUGUUAAUUACUAUAAAUAUACCCACACCGUCCGUAUAUUUAUAAGUUUAUAUAUUUCCCGAAUACACUGGCAAUAAGACAAGAUGAUGUAUUUUAUGAAUGGGUGUCAAUGGAGAAGAUUAAAUUGUAUUGGCAUAUAUAAAAAAAAAUAUAAAGUCUAUUUGCAACUUU